AAUGAGGCACCGCUCUACGUCAACGCGAAGCAAUUCGACCGUAUCUUAAAGAGGAGGACCGCGCGGGAGAAACUAGAGACCAGGCUAGGUAGUAGGAGCCGCCGGAAAGCCUACCUCCAUGAGUCGAGACACAACCACGCGAUGAGGAGACCAAGAGGCCCCGGGGGACGCUUUUUAACCGCUAAGGAGCGAGCGCAACUGGAGCCCACCCAG